AUUUCAAGGAAACAGCCGCUAUCAAAGCAAUCUUUGCAGAAUUUAAAUUCUGAUAUAAAAAUUAGAGUGGUUCAAUGUCCAGAUACUCCCAAAACUCGGGAAAUGUGCCGUUUAGAAAAGUUCAAAAUAAUUAUACUGGAUGGAGAGAUCGACGAUGGGUUUGUGAAAAACCUAAAAAUCAAGGGAUCUUGCAACGAACAAACACCAGUAAUCUACGUCGCCAGUGGAGAACURAAAGAUGAUGUAAAGAGCCUGGUGAAAGACCAAUUUAUUGAUGAUGUCCUCUUUGAGUGCUCAACCUUUGAACAAGACUUKAUUAAAGCAGUAAAAAGACUUAUUAGCGAACCAUUGCAAUUUGCAGUAACACCAAAAUCUAACAAAGGAGAAGGAAACAACCCCAAACGCCAACGACUAGACAAGACUCCUAUGUCAGCUAGACGAUGCAUCGCUAAAGAAUUCCAAUCAAUUGAAAAUACAGCACCAAUUGAAAAAUGUCCAGCCAAUCAAUACCAACCUUUGACAUCUACAAAUGUGUUCAUCAACAUGGAUAUAGCUACGUCAAGUCACAAUUAUCUGGACAGCAUGAUUGACAGGCAGAAUCUCUUUAACUACAAUCACUUACAAACAGGAGAUCAGCAAUACAACCAGCUCCAGCAAGGUUCAGACAYAGGGAACAAAAUGGAAAUGUUGACAGCUGCAGCAGAAGUGUCCCARGCACUGGCAAGCUUACAGGCUGAAAUGAACCAACAAGAAAACACCAGCAACAACAAUGAAAACAUUGCUUACAACAGAACUUUAGAACAACAAGUCCUUCAAGCAACACAUCCCCAUUCAUCCACUGAAGUYACAAAUACAAACCAAAUGAGAACUGCUUUGCAAAAUGCUGAGAAUGCAAUCAGCAGCAUACUUAGUACAGAUGAAAUGCUACCAAAAAUAACUCUUAGUGGGGCCAGACAACURUUGGACUCUGCCCUGAUGGAUAUGCAACACAAGACCCCAAUAGARAAAGAACAGAMRACUGACAGACCAAGUGACAAGAAGGGAAACAAAAGUACUGAAAGGGAUAAGAGAGCUAGGCGUUCUUGGUCAUUCAAGGACAACAAAACUCCRACAAACAAGACUGAUACUUCAAAGAUGUCAACAUUGGAAAAAAAAGAGCUUCACUUAGCAAAGGAAAGACAAAGAAGGGAACGUAUUGCAAGAUCCUGGCAUCAGUUGAGGAAGUUGAUACCCCUGUGUGAUCCUUCAGCUGACAAGGCAUCUGUGUUUGAGAUGACUGUCGCCUAUAUUCAUCACUGCUGGAAGAACCACUCUGACAAAAUACACUCUAUAAACAAGGAUUUUGAGAAAUUCUGUUUAUCAAGGAAUGGGCCCCCUGAAAACAUGGAUGAUGUUGACAAGAUGGUGGAUGAGCUACUAGCAAGAGAAGACCCCUAGACCAAGAUAUAUAAUGAUGCACAUAAAYUAUGAUAAAUUUGAAAGCAACUGAUGUCAUCAUCCAUUUUAUUAUAAUCUGGGUAAAUUUGAAAACAAGUAUCACAUUAUUAUUAGUUGGUUUCACAAUAAGGAAUACUUUAAACAUUCAACAUUCACUGCAAUGUGGCAAUAGCUAUAAUUUAAUUUCUAAGCCAUUGUUUGGACCUGGAUAGAUGUACGAACUGUUUUCAUAUUUACCCAGUCGACUGAASAGGACCUGAAGAAAUACACACUAAUGAGAGAAAAGACUUUAAAAGGCACGUCUAGUAAAU